AUCGAGAGAGUUUUCUUCGUCGGCUGAUUUUUUUUUAUUGAAAUUUAGUUUUUCGACAUUGGAAUUGAGUAAAUAAAAAUAAAUAAAGAAAAAUUAUGAUCCAAAGUCGAUCCAUUGGAAUUGGCCAAUUUGCCAAAGCUGUUACACAAGCAUGUGGUGGACAACGCAUAACUUCAUCAUUUCCAUCAUUGAAACGUGAUUGGGAAACGCGAGCAGUAACAUUACCAGAAUUGGUACCAGCGUUUGCAAUGAAUAUGCCGUUGCAUAAAAUCAAUUUGAAACCGACUUUUAAUUUAAAUGUUCAUCUUUUUAGAAAUAAAUCUCAAGCAAUUUGCGGAGUCGGAGUGAGCCAUCAAUAUAGAUUGGCUCAUACCGAUGUUAGUAUUCCCGAUUUUUCAUCAUACCGAAGACCAUCGAACAAAGAUCUAUCUCGUAGAUCGGCUGAAUCUACGGAUGAUAGACGUGCUUUCACUUAUAUUGUAACCGCUGGUGUCGGUGUUGGUGGUGCUGUUGCUGCUAAGCAUAUGGUUCAAGGUUUACUCAAUAUGUUGUCACCUGCCAGAGAUUGUCUUGCUUUGAGUAAAAUCGAAGUUAACAUCGGCAACAUACCCGAAGGCAAAAAUGUUACAGUUAAAUGGAGAGGUAAGCCUGUUUUCAUCCGACGACGAACGCAAAAAGAAAUCGAUCAGGAAAGAGCGGUGGACAUCAAUCAACUUCGCGAUCCAGAAACCGAUGAGAAACGUGCACCCAAUCCAGAAUGGUUGGUCGUUGUUGGUAUUUGUACUCAUCUAGGUUGCGUACCGAUCGCUGGCAAAGGAGAUUUUGGUGGUUAUUAUUGUCCUUGUCAUGGUAGCCAUUAUGAUGCUUCCGGUAGAAUUCGAAAAGGUCCAGCACCAGCUAAUCUGGAAGUACCAGAUCAUGUGUUCGAUGGUGAUACAUUGGUUAUAGGUUGAAAAUAUUUAUGAUAAAAUAAACUUCUCGAUUUGAAAAUUA